CUCCCUGAAUCAACUGCGAAAGACCAUGGCAGCAACCACUGCGCAGCAGUCUUUGGAGGUGUUCACAAAAGGAACCAAGGCCUGGUUCACUGAUGAGAAAGAAGGAUGGGUAUCGGCCACUCUUACCUCCAAAUCCGUGGAUGGUGACAAGAUUAAACUCCUGUUCCGAGACGACAACGAUGACAAGGAACAUGUAUUUGAAUCAACACUUGCGCAAAUCGAGAAGAGCAACGGCAGCAGCCUACCACCUCUUCGAAAUCCACCGAAGAUGGAAUAUACCGAUGAUUUGACGAAUCUUAGCUAUCUUAAUGAACCUGCAGUUUUGAAUACUAUACGCACUCGAUACCUGCAGCGUAUCAUUUAUACAUACUCGGGUAUCGUUUUGAUUGCUGUCAAUCCUUUCGAUAGAGUAUCGCUCUAUGAACCAGACAUUAUUCAGCAGUACUCUGGAAAACGACGCGGUGAGCUUGAGCCACACUUGUUCGCCAUCGCUGAAGACGCUUAUCGAUGUAUGAUUCGCGAGCAGUCAAAUCAAACCAUCGUGGUUUCAGGUGAAAGUGGUGCUGGUAAAACUGUUAGCGCAAAGUACAUUAUGCGAUAUUUCGCGACUGCAGAUGGCAACGACAACGACCAAGUGAAAGCGAAAGCUGAAGGCUCUGGCAUGACUGAGGUUGAAGAGCAGAUAUUAGCGACGAAUCCUAUCAUGGAAGCCUUUGGUAAUGCCAAAACAACCAGGAACGACAACUCUUCUAGAUUUGGAAAAUACAUUGAGAUCCAAUUCAACGAGUCGGCUGAUAUUAUCGGUGCCAAAAUCAGAACAUACCUUUUGGAACGUUCCAGAUUAAUUUUUCAACCUGAAACUGAACGAAACUAUCACAUUUUCUAUCAGUUGUGUGCUGGUAUUCCUUCAAAUGAAAAGAAGGAUUUCGAGCUUGGAGAUUUCACGAAAUUUCAUUAUUUGAACCAAAGUGGCACUGGAACUAUACCCGGCGUCGAUGAUGCUUCUGAAUUCGAAGUGACACAGCGUUCAUUAUCCACCAUUGGUAUCUCGGUUCAGGUCCAAUGGCAGAUAUUCCGCGUAUUAGCAGCACUAUUGCAUAUCGGUAAUAUUCAGAUUACUGGCCGUGGCGAUGCGAUGUUGAACGAAACAGAUCAGUCACUGGUGACAGCUACACGUCUACUUGGAAUCAAGGCUGCUGAGUUUCGUAAAUGGGUUGUGCGCAAGCAAAUCAUAACUCGUUCUGAAAAGAUUGUCACCAAUCUGAAUCCCACACAAGCAAAUGUUGUGAAGGACUCAGUUGCCAAAUACAUCUAUGCCAACUUAUUCGAAUGGCUUGUUGGUGUUAUUAAUGACAGUCUCUCAUCACCUGAUAUAUCGGCUAUCUCAACAUUUAUUGGUGUACUCGAUAUUUAUGGAUUUGAACAUUUCAAAAAGAACUCAUUCGAGCAGUUUUGUAUCAAUUACGCAAACGAAAAGCUCCAGCAACAGUUCAACCAACAUGUCUUCAAGCUGGAACAAGAGGAAUACAUUAGAGAGAAGAUCAACUGGACCUUUAUCGAUUUUAGCGAUAACCAGAAGUGUAUUGAGAUGAUCGAAGGAAAGCUGGGUAUUUUAUCCCUUCUUGAUGAGGAAUCUCGCUUGCCUUCUGGUAACGACCAAUCCUACUGCCAAAAGCUUUAUACAAACUUUGAUACUCCCGCAUUCAAAGACUACUUCAAAAAGCCCCGAUUUUCAAACGCAGCCUUUACCAUUGUUCACUACGCGCAUGAUGUGCAAUAUGAAUCGGAUGGAUUCUUGGACAAAAACAAGGAUACUGUGCCAGAUGAACAUCUUAAGUUGCUACAAGAUUCGGAGUUCGAGUUCCUUAGCGAAGUUUUGGAGAAGGCUGCGCUUGCUAACCCCCCACCACCAGUGGAGAAUAAGCGUAUGAGCAUGAUCGCCCGUAAGCCUACGUUAGGUUUCAUCUUCAAGCAAUCUUUGAUCAGCCUUAUGGAUACAAUUGGAGAAACAAAUGUACAUUACAUUCGUUGUAUCAAACCUAACGAAGCGAAGGUUGCCUGGGAGUUCGAACCGAACAUGGUUUUGUCACAACUGCGAGCUUGCGGUGUCUUAGAAACAAUUCGAAUCAGUUGCGCAGGUUAUCCCUCACGCUGGACAUUUGAAGAGUUUGCAGACCGAUAUUAUUCCUUGGUAUCAUCUCAACAUUGGGACCCUAGCAACAGCCCCGAUUUAAUGAGCUUGUGUUCUGCCAUUCUGAAAAAGUCUAUCACCGAUGAAGACAAGUACCAAAUAGGUACAACCAAGAUUUUCUUCCGUGCCGGACAGCUCGCAUACUUGGAGAAGCUGAGAGCGGAUCGAUGGAACGAAUGUGCCAUUGUGUUGCAGAAGAACAUUAGAAGAUAUAUUUACCGUUCUAGAUACUUGCGUAUCCGUGAGAUGACUUUGAAAUUACAGUGUGUUGCUCGUACCAGAAUUGCAAUCAAAGCAUUGCAACGGAUGCAUGAGAACAAAGCUGCCAUUGCUAUCCAAACAAACUGGAGAAGACACAACGCUAGGAAACAGUAUGUCGCCCAGAAACAUGCAGCCGUCAAAAUUCAAACGGCUUUCCGUGGAUAUAAUGCACGUAAGGAGUUCACGCACCUACGACAGGAAGGUGCUGCGCUGAAAAUUCAAAGAAUGGCACGCGGAUGGUUGGCAAGGAAGAAUUAUCAAAAGCAACGCAGACAAAUUGUACUUGUUCAAUCUUGUGUCCGUCGCCGCCAAGCACGCAAGGCCUUACUAGCAUUGAAGCUUGAAGCGAAAUCAGUUACUCACUUCAAGGAAGUCUCGUAUAAGCUUGAGAGCAAGGUGGUUGAGUUGACACAGAACCUCACUCAGCAGAAGGACGAGAAGAAGAAAAUGGCAGAUAAAGCCAGCCAGUUGGAGGUACAAUUGAAGACAUGGAUGGAUAAAUAUGAGAAAAUGGAAAAGAAAGCAAAGGGAUACGAAGCAACUCUACAAGAGCCAAAGGUACCCAAGGCCGACUGGGAAAAACUCCAGGGAGAAAAGGACGAUUUGCAUUCAGAGCAUCAAUCUGUUGUGCAAAAGCUGAAAUCUCACGAACAGACAAUUUCCAAGCUGCAGGAAGAGUUGGAGCAACAAAAGGUUGAAAAUGAAAAACUGCGUGAAGAAGUAAAGGCCGCUAUGGAGAAGCCUGUUGACGAUGCCAAUACGGAAGAGCUUAAGAGCCAGAUAGCAUCACUGAAGUCUCAGCUGGCACAGACUUUGAAUGCACCACGACGACAGCCUUCCAACAACAAUCUUCGGAGCCCAUCACCUGCUCCAGAUCGUAUGCGCGGAAUCUCACCUCCUCCCCCUGCCAGCUUUGAAAAGGAAACAGAUAAUUCUGGGCGAGGUCGCUCGCCAUCUGGACUUCCAGUGUCUAGAAAAGUUCGCCGAAACAGCUCUGCAGAGCUUACCAAAGGAAAACCCAAGACAUCCAUUGACAAUAUUAGACAGACUGAACUACAUCUCAAGAAUCAUAGACCAACCUCGGUUGAUCACUUUAGUACUCUUUUGGGUAGCAAGCAUGAUCGUAUUGUUGAAGAACCAGAUGGUGAUCCCGAAGAAGGCAUCCAUACUAUCCUUACAGAAGAAGAAAACCUAUUGGAGGAAAUUGUUGAUGGUCUUAUUAAGGAACUGAAAAUGCCCUUACCAAGCCUUCAGAACCCUCCUUCGCAAAAGGAGGUUCUCUUCCCUGCUCAUAUGAUUGGCUUAUGUGUCACCCAAAUGUGGAAGCUCGGAUACACGCAACCGUCUGAGCGCUUGCUGUUGACGGUCAUGGAUACUAUCCAAAAGCAAUGCAUGGCAUUUUCUGGCGACGAGGCUGUUGUUCCAUGUGCGUUCUGGCUCUCUAAUGUUCACGAGCUUCUCUCUAUCAUCUGCAAUACAGAACUUGCUAUGGAGCAAGAAAUGCGAAGCAAUGGUAAACGUACAUCAGCCUGGCAAGAAUUUGAAAGGAUGGUGUCCACUAUUAAGUACGAAUUGCAAUGUCUUGAGGACAAUGUCUUCCAUGCAUGGAUGAAAGAGUUGAAGAAACGCCUGAGUAAGAUGAUUGUACCAUCCAUUGUUGAAAGCCAAUCACUUCCGGGAUUCAUCACAAGUGACUCCGGCCGGUUCUUGAACAAACUCUUGGCCGGCGGAUCCUCACCAACAUAUUCUAUGGACGACUUGCUCAAUUUCCUUAACAAGGUCUGGAGAGCCAUGAAGUGCUAUUAUCUAGAACAGUCAGUGUCCCGACAGGUUUUGACCGAACUCUUGAAACUUCUCGGUGCAUCUGCCUUCAACGACUUGCUAAUGAGAAAGAACUUUUGUUCAUGGAAGCGAGCGAUGCAAAUUCAAUAUAAUAUCACACGAAUUGAAGAAUGGUGUAAAAGCCAUGAUAUUCCUGAAGGUACUUUGCAAUUAGAGCAUUUGAUGCAAGCAACCAAGCUGUUGCAGUUGAAGAAGGCUACUCUAGGCGAUAUUGAGAUCAUAUAUGACGUCUGCUGGAUGCUUACUCCAACACAGAUACAAAAGUUGAUAUCACAAUACUAUGUAGCCGACUAUGAGAACCCUAUAAGUCACGAGAUUCUGAAGGUGGUGGCAUCCCAUGUCAUUACUGGGGAUAAGAACGACAUUCUUCUGCUAGACAGUGUCUCCAUAGACGACACGACAACACCUUUUGAUAUACCACCAGCGCGCGAAGUGGUCGCUGAGCGCUUCUACCUUCCAGCCUGGCUCAACCUCAGACGUCUUCGAAAACUUACUGUUCUAGUUCAGCAACAGCUCAAGCAACAGCAACAAAAAUGAAAAGAAACGCUCUCGCAUAUAGAUAAUCAGCGGUAUAUCCUCCUUCAUAAAACCUAACAUUCGCUUCUUUCAACACUACGUUGUACUAUAACUAUCAUUAAGAAUAAGAGAUUAUGCAUGAAUUACAGAACCUUUUUGUUUGUGGUACUAUCGCUUUGACUCUUGAGGUGCAAAGUAGUGCUGAGCAUCUGUAUUCCCUACGGUAAAAUCAAAUUUUUCAC